GUGUCAGCGGAAUGGAUAAAGAACAAUAAAAGAAAUCCUCCGCACGCACGAAGAGGGAGAGCGCCAUGGCCUCGAUUCCCUGCACUCUGUAUUAUCAAAUCCCUUCUUUUUCUUCCUCUUCUGCUUCGUCCUCUUCGGUGAGGCUGAGCUCUCCCUUUGUCGCUCACACGAGGCGGCUAGGAUGGUUCAGGGCCUCCGAGAUGAGAUCCAAGUUGGGGCCGGAAACCAACGGGUCGAGAUUUACCUGCUGGUUUCGAUUCGGGAACCGCGGCGUCGAUGCCGAGGGCGCCGGCAUCUACGGGAGUCAGACGCGGGAUGAUUUCGAUCGGGACGACGUCGAACAGUAUUUCAAUUAUAUGGGAAUGCUUGCCGUGGAGGGUUCAUAUGAUAAGAUGGAGGCACUACUAAGCCAAAACAUCCAUCCUGUGGAUAUACUGUUGAUGUUGGCUGCGUCUGAAGGUGACAAACCCAAAAUUGAAGAAUUGAUGAGGGCAGGUGCAAAGUAUGAUGUCAAAGAUGCAGAUGGAAGAACAGCUCUCGAUAGAGCAGCCAAUGAGGAGAUCAAGGAGUUAAUUUUGGGGUUCUCUGUUCAGAGAGCUUGAACAAGAAUUGGCUUCAUCCUAAUCCUGUAAUUUAUCAUUCUCUUCUUUGUUGUAGAUUGGUGCUUCUGUACCUUUUUCAAACAAAGUAGCAACAUGUUGGUGGAUGUUUGUAAUGGAUUAAAGAACCUUUUCA